UAUAUAAAUGUACCAUAUAUUAUACACUAUAAUAUAUAUAUCAUUAUAUCUGUGCUAUUAAGGUCUUGACUAAUUUUGAUUUCAAGCAUUAAGAAGAAGCUAGCAAGCUAAGAUGGCACGCCUUAUUCGUGUAUUUUCGGCUCUUAUUUUGGUGAUGCUUAUGUUUACAGUUACAGAGCUAGGGCCAAAUGUCGCGGAGGCUAGAACUUGCGAGACUAAAAGCCAUAGGUUCAAGGGGCUAUGUGGGAGGAAGGCUAACUGUGCUGCUAUUUGCCAAGGUGAAGGCUUCCAGGGAGGCCACUGCCGAGGCUUCCGUCGUAGAUGCUUCUGCACUAAACAUUGCUAAUUAAUUAUUUAGCAUGCAUAUAUACCAAAAUAACCAAAUACAGAUGAGUACUCCAUAUAAUAUAGAUCACCAUUUCAUAUAUGUCACCUUGAUAGUGUGUUCAAUAUGUAACGAAUAUCACCUUUUUUUUUUUUUUUUUUCUGAGUACAUGUAAUGAGUAUUACCUUUCUGUAUGGGGUUGUUUUGAAUAAUAACAUGGGUUUUUUUUUUAAUCAAAUGGAGUUAUUUAUUUACAUUUAUGUUAUGUACUACAAUGAAUUUUUAACAUUGUGAAAAGAAAGUUUAAGUAAAAUCUGUCAUACUUUUACCCUAUUCAAAACAUCACCUAUGACGGAUAUUGUGACACUUAUGCGCCAAAUUCAUGCUACUUUAACAAAAUCUCUAAGUUCAUGUAUCUUACUUCGAUCUCUUUGAUAAUAAAGUAACAAUUACAAGUAUUAAAAAAAACUAUACCACACUCAUCAAAUUAUUAAUACCUUUGUACCAUUCAUAUUGAUAAAUUUCAUACAAUUUGAACUUCAGACUAAUAAAUCGUUUAAUGUAUACCACUCCUUCCAUUCCUUUUUUAUUCUACACAUUAUCUUUUUGCGAGAAAAAAAAGUGACAAAGCAUAAAAAAAAUAAAUAAAUAAAAAAUAUAAAUAAUGAGAGUAAUUAACAGUGAUGAUGACUAAUUUAAACAAUAAUGGAUGUGGAUUAAUAUUACUAGCCAAAAAUCUGAUUUAUUAUAUUCUUAUAAAUGUUACGGCUAUUGAUGGAGCUAAUAAAUGUAACUCCAAAAUCGAAAUCACCUAUAUAAAAUUCCAAAUUGAAAGUUAAAAAGGAAAAAUUGAUUCUAAUAAUCCCACCUUUGAUCGAUUCGCUGUUAAUAAUCCUACCUUUUGAUUAUUAUUUAAUAAUCCCACCUUUAUACGAGAUUCUCUUCUAAUGGUCCCUUGUGACAGGUUACCUGUACAAUGGGUAAUUUUUUUAAUUCUUAUUUAAGUGACAUGUGUUAUUAUGUUAUUGGUCAAAAAAAAAAAAACUCAGCCAUCCCCAAAGCCACGGAAGGCAACCCGAAAUUCCGACAUUCGUCCCUUCCCAUCCGGCCACCCCCUUUAUCCUCUGGCAGCCCCCUUCCCCACCCCCACCACCACCGGGAUUUUCCCCUCUCACGACAACACCCCACCACCCCCUAGCUCCAUCUGAAUUUCUCCAUUUUAAGGAUAAAAACAAUCCUUUCUUCAUCAUGAAACCACUCAUAAAGCCUCGGAACAUUCCGGUGGCGUAAACCCAUUUGAAUCUCCAUGUCUCUCCUUAAUUGAUGAUGCAGUAUAUACUUCUCAUUUUCUCCUUAAAUAUCACUUUCAACACCACUAUGUACUUUGCUCCAUCAAAAUCGAAAAUUGAAAACAUAUUCAAAACAAUUGAAUAAAUAAACAAUUACUACUGCAAAAUUGGGGAAAACCCCCUUUGUUUCACAAGCAAGGUAGAUUUUUGAUUUCGAAAUCAGUUAUUGACCAAUUUCGCUUGAUGCUAGUGUUUUGCGGUUGGUAUAGCUUCGUAGUAUUUUGAAUUGGUUGAGGUUUAUUGGGGCUUUGAAGAGUUUUGCGGAGGUUUAGGGAUUUUGGGAGCCAUUGAUAAUGCUUCAGUAUGGAGAGAGAUUAACGAGCAGUGAGAAGUUGGAGAAAGGGGAAUAAAAGAGGAAAAGUGAUGUGGAGGGGGGCGUUGUCAUACAGUGGGUCGUGAAGAGGGGAAUAUUCCGGUGGUGGUGGGGGUGGGAAAGGGGGUGGCCGGAAGUUGGGAUAGAGAGUGGCGUGGGGUUGAGAUACAGAGAUAUGGCUGAGAUUUUUUUUUUAUUUAAUUUUUUGGUUUUUCUUUUAUUUUUUAAUUUUUACAAUUUUCAACUAAUCACAAAGUGACACAUAGCAUAUUCACCUAAUAAAACCGGUUACCAAUAUGUUAGGGACCAAUAGAAGGAAAUCGCCUAUAAAGGUGGGAUUAUUAAAUAAUAAUCAAAAAGUGGGAUUAUUAAAUAAUAAUCAAAAAGUGGGAUUAUUAAUGGCGAACCGGCCAAAAGUGGGAUUAUUAGAAUCAAUUUUUCUAAUUAAAAAUUCUUGAUUGGUUUGAUCUAACAUAUACAAGCAUGAAGGCCACGAACUUGACCUAACUAAUAAACUUGAUAUGAUUAAGAUGGCUGGAGUGAAUCUAUUAUUUAUGAAAAGGAAAACGCGUACAAUUAGUGUUUACUUAGUUGUGAC